GUGGGCAGGCUUUGCUCUGGGUGAAGAGGCCAAGGGCAGACCAGUAAGGAGCACGAGCCCCUGCCAGUGUGGCUGCCUCCUCCACCCCUGUAGGGCUCCAUGUGCCCUCUGUGCCAUGUGGCUGUGCCCCUGUUCCUGUGCCCUGCGGGGAAGCCCAGGGCUGGGCUCUGUGCUGCUGAUUAUUCAUUUUGAGGCAUUGCAGCCCCAGCAUCUCCCUGGCUCUCUUCUCUCCUCCCCACAAGAGGUGAGUUGCUCUGAGUCAGAGCUGGAAAGGAAACCCAGUGGGCUGAGAAAGGAGAGCCAGGGGGUGACGAAAUGGGUGAGGAGCCAGGCGAGGAGCUGGGUUUCCCGCUCUGCAGCAGUGAUGGAGGAGCUGUCACCAGUGUCACAUCAGGGGGGUGCAGAGGCAUCCCCUGUGCUUCCUAGUGCCUUGUCCCCUGUCCCAUGGGCUGUCCUGUUCACUCCUCCAGCUGCUGUCCCUUUCCCCUGUCCAAUAGGCUGCCCUGUCCCUUCUCCUGUGAGUGCGAGGUCCCUGACCCCUCUCCCAUGGGUGCCCCUGUCCCGUCUCCUGCUGAUUGCCCGCCCCCCUCUCUCGUGGGUGGCCCUGUCCCCUCUCCAGUGACUGCCUCGUGUCCUAUUCCCACCCCCCCCACCGGGCUGCCAGCGCGUGGGGCGGGAAAGAGAAAGUGAAAGUCGGGGCCCCAGUUUCGCUUUCGCCGCCCGGGCACGUUCCCGCGGGACGCGGGGUCGCGAUGGCGGAGCCAGGGGGUCCCAUGCGGCUCAAGGAGUGGCUGAUCGCCCAGAUCGACAGCGGCCGGUACCCGGGGCUGCGCUGGGAGAACCGGCACCGGACGCUCUUCCGCAUCCCCUGGAAACACGCGGCCAAGCAGGAUUACCGGCAGCAGCAGGACGCCGCGCUCUUCAAGGCUUGGGCCGUGUACAAGGGGAAGUACCAGGAGGGGACAGACAAGGCGGACCCCUCCACCUGGAAGACGCGUCUCCGCUGCGCCCUCAACAAGAGCACCGACUUCCAGGAGGUGCCCGAGAGGAGCCAACUGGACAUCUCCGAGCCCUACAAGGUGUACCAGAUCCUGUCCGACGGCGCCCGGGACGCGGAGAAGGAUGGUGACACGGGGCCCUCAGCCGGUGAGAAUCAGCAGGGCAGCGCCGCGGGGAGUCCGGUGGAGCAGAGCCUGAAGGGCACCACGGAGACGUGCCACGGGUCUCCACUGCCCCUGCCCUCUGCCCACCCGGCUGAGCGAGGGUACCACGUGAGGGGGGUCUUCUAUGGCUGGAACCCAACCCAUGGCCACCUCCUCCCCGGACCCCUGUCCUACCUCCCCGUGGAGGACGUCAAUCACUCAGACUGCUGGCUCCACGUCCGCCUCUACUACUGCGACGUGCUGGUGAAGGAGGUGACCACCCGCACGGCCGAGGGCUGCCGCAUCGCCUCCCGCGCCGUGCCCGACAGCCAGAGCCUCUACGGCCCCUCCUGCAUGGAGCAGAUCGAGUUUCCCCCGCCGCGGGCGCUGGGCGGUGCUGGCCGGGUGGCCGGCAUGACCGACGUGCUGGAGCGGCUCCUGCCCCACCUGGAGCGCGGGGUCCUGCUCUGGGUGGCGCCCGAGGGGGUCUUCAUGAAGCGCCAGUGCCAGGGCAGGGUGUACUGGAACGGGCCACUGGCCCCGCACAGGGACUGGCCCAACAAGCUGGAGAGGGAGAAGACCUACAAGCUGUUGGACACUCAGCAGUUCCUGCAGCAGCUGCGGGGAUACCUGAGCCAGGGGCAGCCCACACCACAGUACCAGAUCCACCUCUGCUUCGGGGAGGAGUACCCCACCAGCAGCAGGCACCACUUCCAGAAGCUCAUCAUGGCCCACGUGGAGCCAGUGUUUGCACGGGAGCUCUUCCAUCAUGCCCAGCGCAUGGGGCCAAACCUGCUCCACAGCUGUCCCCAGCCCUGCGCCCCUGGCACCUCCAGCCACAUCAUCCAUGUCCUCCAGCAGCUCUGCCAGCCCUGAGCCUGGCGGGAGGGAGGAGAGCCCAGAAGCCCCGGAGCAGGAUGCUCUGCCACACCAUGGCCCCACUCUGGAUGUGGGUCCAGAGCCGGUGUGGACAGGGUGCUCAGUGGGGACAGACACAGCGUGUGCUGGGAGGUGACACUGCUGCCCUGGCACCUGUUCCUGUAUUUAUUCCCCAAAGUCAGCUGGGUGGGAUUUGCUGUGUGCUGGUUUGGUGAGCUGGGCACAGCCAGCACAGUUCUGGUGCCGCUGGGACUCACCACUCACCAACCCUAGAAAUAAAGGUCUUUGGUACCACUGGC